AUGACAACACCCAUUCGAAAAUCACACCCUUUAAUAAAAAUUAUCAAUUCAUCCCUUAUUGAUCUUCCUUCACCAUCAAACAUUUCAUAUAUAUGAAAUUUCGGCUCCCUAUUAAUCCUCUCCCUAUCAAUCCAAAUCUUAACGGGAAUUUUCCUCUCCAUGCAUUAUACAUCUGACAUUUCACUUGCAUUUUCCAGAAUCUCACAUAUUUGCCGUGAUGUAAACUACGGAUGAAUAUUUCGAGUAAUUCAUGCAAACGGAGCUUCACUUUUCUUUAUCUGCCUUUAUCUUCACGUAGGACGAGGUAUUUAUUAUGGCUCUUACAUAAAUCACAUAACAUGAAAUUCUGGCAUUAUCAUUCUUCUCCUUUCAAUAGCAACAGCAUUUCUAGGCUAUGUCCUCCCAUGAGGACAAAUAUCCUUCUGAGGAGCAACAGUAAUCACCAACUUAGUCUCAGCAAUUCCAUACAUCGGGCAACUUCUAGUCCAAUGAUUAUGAGGAGGAUUCUCAGUUGGUAAUGCUACCCUCACCCGAUUUUUUACUUUACACUUUAUAUUACCAUUCAUAAUUUUAGCUAUAAUUAUACUUCAUAUUCUAUUUCUUCACCAAACAGGAUCUAAUAACCCCUUAGGUAUCAACAGAAACACCGACAAAAUUCCUUUCCACCCUUACUUUUCCUCAAAGGACAUUUUUGGCUUCCUUUUAAUUUUAAUACUAUUUUCAGUAAUUUCCAUAACCUCCCCCUACUUAUUGAGAGACCCAGAAAACUUCAAUCCAGCUAAUCCUCUUGUAACCCCAAUUCAUAUUCAACCAGAAUGAUACUUCUUAUUUGCAUAUGCCAUUCUACGAUCAAUCCCUAACAAAUUAGGGGGAGUAAUUGCACUUCUCCUUUCAAUCCUUAUUUUAUUCAUCCUCCCCCUUACUAAUAACCCCAACUUUCGAAGCCUAAAUUUCUACCCCAUCAAUCAAUUCACUUUCUGAGCCCUAAUUUCCGUAUUUAUUCUCCUCACAUGAAUUGGCUCCCGUCCCGUAGAAGAACCUUAUGAACUAAUUGGCCAAAUUCUCACAAUUACUUACUUUUCAUAUUUCAUUAUCAACCCUAUCCUUUUAAAAAUUUGGGAUAAAAUUCUCU